AUGGAAACCUACGCAAUAUUUUCGUUCAUUGUAUUUUGUAAGUUAACUGGAAAAACAGACUCCUUCAAAUUUUUAGCUUUUAAAAGGCCGGUGACUGUAAGUUCUAGAUACAACAGUGAGCACUUUUCUCCAAGUAAUGCAGUAGACGGGGAUCGCAGUACAGACCUGCUGAAAUGUACACUGACGGGCUUUGACCAGAAAGAGGCGUGGUUAAGGGUUGACCUCGGCUCAAAGAAGAAUAUCGAAUCGAUAUCAAUUCUGCAUGGAGGUUUGGGCGUUGAUGCUUCUCCAAUAGAAUCAACUAUACUGGGUGUACGUCCAGACUCUGACGGCACUGGGACUGUAUAUCUCAGGGGCAAUGGGAAUGUAUAUCUCAGGGGCAAUGGAACAAUAUGUGGGGAUAACUUUAAUACGGGAGACGCAAUGGUGAUAUGUCUAAUAUGGGGAUUUAUUCCGGACUAUCCAUCAUACAAAAAAGUAAAUACGUCCUCCAACAUUGUACUGAAUGACCCCAACUGUAGUGGGAACGAAGUUAGUUUAAACGAAUGUCCAAUGGGUGAAAAUAACUGUACUUCCGGUCAAUCAGUGUCGGUGAAAUGUAGAGAAGGGAGUACCCUUGCGGGUUUCUCUGUAUAUAUAUCUGACACGGAAGACUGGAAAUCGGGGCAUGUUUGUCAUUAUCAUGAGAUAGAAGAAAUACCAAGCAAUACGAUUUCUUUCCCCUGCGUCUCUUCCGGUCGCUAUGUUACUGUUUACAAUUCAAGGAAUGCGACUCAAUUCCUCUCUGUGUCCGACUGGGCAUAUAUCAAUAUUUGCGAAUUAAAUGUUGCAGGUUGUGAUUUUGGUUAUUAUGGAGGAGAAUGUUCCAGGUGUCCCGAAAAAUGCCUAAACAAUAAUUGCCAUAUCCAGACAGGGGCCUGUUCUGCCUGCAAAGAAGGUUACACAGGAGAAACUUGCACAGAGUGUUCAGCAGGUCGGUAUGGACGGAGCUGCUCUCUUACUUGUGGACAAUGUCGGGACGGAACAACAUGUGAUAACAUGAACGGGGCUUGUCCUAAUGGAUGUUCAGCUGGAUGGAUGGGAGGAAAAUGUGAUCAAAAAUGUGAGUUCGGAUACUUUGGUCUUGGAUGUAACAAUUCAUGUAGCAUUGCAAACUGUAAAAACAGUUCCUCUUGUGAUGCCAUUAACGGAGCAUGCGUGGUCGGCUGUAUUGAUGGUUGGACAGGAAGUACCUGCAAUGAGAAACCCAAUGGUAGGGUAGCAUACAUCAUCGCCGGCUCAGUUUCAUCGAUCUUUAUCAUUAUCUUGGUAGUUGUUAUUUCUCUUUCAUUAAUCCUGAAAAAACCUUGCCAUAAAAAAGCAGUAAACUACGAAUAGUCGUUGAAGAACAGUAUAAACAGAAAUUAUGAUCACAUUUCGAAAAUUACGAUAAAUAAGAAAAGGGAGAAUAACCAAUCAUAUUAUAUGGAUACCUCCAUAGAAAAUAUUGUUUCAAGAUCCGAGCAUGUUUAUGAUGAACCCGAUAUAUAGAAUUUUUGUAAACUUUCUUGAUAUAUGUAUCCGAUAUAUCGUAAACAAUCCGAAUGGUCAUCUUUGGAAAAUGAUAUCCUAAUAAAUUG